AUGUCAUCGCCUAGGAAUACUUUGGAUACAUCCGAAAAUCCAAAUGAUCGGUUGAAUUCUCCAGUUGCAAAGAAGGAGAAGCUUUCAGAUCUAUCUCCGGAGCCACAGCCUGAAUCUUCUCAAGGCGAUGACAAGUCUUCAAAGCCUCCAAAGCCUUCAAGUCCAUCGCAUGAUGUUGAGGCGCACAAGUCAGACAAGUUGGAUGAUUCUAAGAAACAUACCGAAAAUUCUUCUAAUCUCAAUGAUCAAGACAGCCCCGCUAAACCUAACAAAGAUGAAGAAUCACCUCAAAAUGAACCUAAAGAUCAAGACAAAGAAGACAAAGAAGACACUCCAACUCACAAGACCACUGAAACAGACACUCCAGCUGACAAUCAGGCUAAAAAUGAUAAGAAGGAAAGACCUGAUCCUAAAAAGCCAGCCGGAAUUGUCGAUAUGGAUACAUUUGGUCAGAUAUUGGAAAUGGAUGAGGAUGAAAGUGACAGAGAUUUCAGUCAUGGAAUCGUAGUCAACUUCUAUGAACAAGCUCACGUCACUUUCGAAGAGUUGGACGACGCUUUAAAGAAAAAAGACUUACACACCCUUCACACUAAAGGUCAUUUCCUCAAAGGUUCCUCCGCCGCUCUUGGUUUAAUCAAGGUAAAGGCUUCAUGUGAAGCUAUCCAAGUCUAUGGCAGAUUACAAGACCCAAAGACUCACAAAGAAAUUUCUGAGCAAACUGCAUUGCAACAAGUCGAGAAAGCUCUUUCAAACGCAAAGGAUGAGUACGAAGAAGCUGAAGGUUGGCUUAAAGCAUUUUAUGAUGAGCAAGAUUAA